UUCGCAGUCUCUGUCAUUCAACACCAACUCUUGCUGGUAAGUCAAAGUCCAUGCAAUCCUUCACACAUAUAAUUCUAGUAAAUUGCCUUGGUCCCUCCAUAUCAUUCACCAAAACCAUUAUCUCUUCGCUACUCUCUUGAAUUUCUCAAGAAUUAUUAUGUGUUUCGGUUUUGGUUUCAUCUUCAAAUAACCCUCCUCCUGAAUCUGAACCAGAAAUUGGGUUCCUUUUCAUUUUGAGGUUUUUUUGCUAAUCUCUCAAGAAUUAUGUUUCAGGGUUCUUCUUUGCAUUCAAGAUUUGUAAAUUGGGUUCCUUUUCAUUUUGGGGGGUUUUGCUUCAUGUGAAAUGACACUAGGGAAAUUAGGGGGUUUUCUUUGAAUUCAAGAUUUAGUAAGAUGACUUCCCUCCUUAGGAAAUUCUUGCCUUCACCGUCUCCGAAAAAUCGCGACGAUGGAGAUGACUACAGUGUUGAGUACUCUUUCGCUGUAGAGUACAGUGGCCCUCCGGUCAGUCAUGACAUUCCUCUUGUGGUUCCGAUCGAUAUCGAUCGAAUCCCGACCGCUUCUGUGGUUGUCACUGCUUCGAUGUUGAGUAAUCUGUCCCUUCCGGUUGUUCAACCAUUUUCAAAGAGCAAUCUUUUAAGCAAUAAGUUGUCAAAAGAGCUCAAAUCGGGCUCUAAAGCAAACAUUUCGACGAAUUCAGCAUCCCAUUCGGGUGAAUUUGUUGAGCUUUCGGAUGAAUUAGGUUUGAUUGAUGUUGAGGAAGGUAUACCAAAGGUAUCAGACGGAAUUGAUAGUUCAGGUACGUUAGGGUUUUCUGACAGUCGGGAUGAUUCGCAAGAAUUAUCAGGAAGUUCAGAAGUGGAAGAGGAUUUAAGGGACGAUGGUGAGGUGGGGUUGGAUUUGGAUGAAGGGGAAUCAUGCUCAAGGGCUCUUUCGCCUGAGAUUCAUUCUAUCGAAGGGGAGGAGGAUUGUACCUCAGUCGUGACUGCUGGUGAUCCUGAAUCAAGUGAUGUAGGUCGUGAGCUAACAGAUCAUUAUGAUCCAGAAAUUUUCCGAAGAAGAGCUAGUGUGAAAAAAGGUUUAUGUAAUCGAUGCAAUAAGAGAAACCAGUUCACUGAGAAGGUGGUGUGCAUUGUUUGUGGUGCUCAGUAUUGCGGUAAUUGCGCGGUUAGAGCAAUGGGAUCAAUGCCAGAAGGGAGGAAAUGUAUUCCUUGUAUUGGUUUUCCAAUUGAUGAAUCGAAGAGGGGGAGCCUGGGAAAAUCUUCCCGGAUGCUUAGGCAAUUGUUAUCUGAUUCAGAAGUUAAAGAGGUUAUGCGAUUCGAGAUAUCAUGCAAAGCAAAUCAGCUGCCACCUCGGCUUAUGCAUGUGAAUGGUAAGCCUCUUUGUCAUGAAGAGUUGGUUGUGCUGCAAACGUGUCAGAACCCGCCCAAAAAACUAAAACCGGGAAGAUAUUGGUAUGAUAAAGUGUCUGGAUUCUGGGGAAAGGAAGGAGAGAAACCCUGCCAGAUUAUUAGCGCCCAGCUUAAUGUUGGUGGUCAAAUUUCGUUGGAAGCAAGCAAUGGAGACACAAAUAUAUUAAUCAACAAUCGGAAGAUCACGAAAGCAGAGUUCCGGAUGUUGCGGUUGGCAGGAAUCCAGUGUGAAGGAGCCCCUCACUUCUGGGUGAGCGCAGAUGGGUCCUACCAGGAAGAGGGACAAAACAAUGUGAAGGGGAAAAUAUGGGACAAGCCUGGAAUAAAGCUAGUUUGUGCCCUCUUAUCUUUGCCAACGCCUCCAAAGGACACGAAUCCCUCAGGGGAAGAAGUUGCCAAUCCUGCUAAUGGAGUUCUGUCAAACUUCAUUCAGCAGAAAACACUUAAUAAACUUCUUCUCGUUGGUUGUGAUAAAUCUGGGACAAGUACCAUAUUCAAACAGGCCAAGAUGGUGUAUAAUGUCCCUUUCUCUGAAGAUGAGCGUCAGAGUAUUAAACUCCAGAUCCAGAGCAGUUUGUAUUGUUAUCUUGGAAUACUUCUCGAGGGGCGGGAACGGUUUGAGGAAGAAUGGUUAACGGAAAUGAGAAGAAAGCGCAGUGAUGAACCAGGUCCUUCAAGGAGCUGCGGUCAUAUUAAUGAAGAAAACAUCUAUUCCAUCAACCAAAGACUGAAAGGAUUUUCUGAUUGGCUUCUUGAAGUGGUGAUAUCAGGCAAUUUGGAUAUCAUUUUUCCGGCGGCUUCUCGUGAAUAUGCACCACUUAUUGAAGACAUUUGGAAGGAUAAAGCCUUUCAAGCCACAUAUGAUAGGAGGAAUGAACUACGUAUGCUGCCUAGAAUCGCUAACUAUUUCUUGGAUCGGGCUGUUGAAAUUUCAAGCACGGACUAUGAUCCUUCUGAUACGGAUAUCUUAUAUGCCGAGGGUAUCACUCCAUCCAACAGCCUAGCUUCCAUGGAGUUUUCUUUUCCCAAGUCGACACAGGAUAGCUUCAUGGACACUGCUGAUCAGAAUGAUCCAUUGCAUAGGUUCCAACUCAUUAGGGUACAUGCAAGCAGCCUUGGAGAAAACUGCAAGUGGUUGGAGAUGUUUGAAGACACUGACCUGGUCCUUUACUGCGUCUCCUUAACCGACUACGAUCAGUUCUCUGACAACAGUAACGGAGUUUCCAGCAACAAAAUGUUGGAGAGCAAGAGGCUCUUUGAAAGCAUUGUCACUCAUCCAACCUUUCGUCGAAAGAACUUCCUUCUGAUACUCAACAAGUUCGACCUUCUAGAGGAAAAGAUCGAACAAAUUCCUCUCACUCAGUGUGAAUGGUUUCCUGAUUUCAACCCAGUAAUCAGCCAUAAUCACAGCAGCACAGGUAGUAACUACAGCAACCCUUCGUUGGCUCAACGCGCUUUCAACUACAUUGCCGUGAAAUUCAAAAAGCUUUUCGUUUCCCUCACCGGUGGACGCAAGUUGUAUGUUUCUCGUGUUACUGGAUUGGAACCGGACUGCGUUGAUGAAGCUCUUAGAUAUACCAGAGAGAUUCUGAAGUGGGAGAAGGAGAAACCUCAGCUUACCCUACACGAGUCGUCUUCUUGUAGCGUCGACGCAAGUUCCUCUUCUUAACUUUUCAAUAGAGAAAGGCAGUUAACUAAGCUUUGCUUCUUUUCGUAUAGCUUUGUUAGAUUUAGUGCACAAAUAUGUACAAACACAUAGAGAAAAGAAAAUAAGAGGCUGCAAUUUGUAAAAUGGAUGAGCUGGUGAUGGGCGGUUUAUCGCUUUAUCUUGCCGAAUAGGUUUGGAUAAUUGUUAUUAGCCAUGUGGAGGAAUUUUUUAUGGAUUCAAAUUAUGGUGUAUCUCACUGAUCUCUUGAAUGA